AACCACAACCCAAGCUAAAGUCUGCAGAUGUAGCUUAACAAAUACACAAUUUUUAUCAUUUUGUAUGUACAGAAAGUUAUGUUUUAUGAUUUUAUCUCUAAGAGUCGAAGCUGUUGACACAUUUCGGCUUUUUUAGUUUAUUUAAAAACAACAAGCUUCCUGCUAAUCAGUUGCUGAGCGACAACAAAGAGGCUGCAACUGCACACACUGCUGGCAGUGGUGCAGAAAGAGUCAUUUCAUAGAACAGAUCACAUUAAUCUGGUUGACAUGACGGGGGUGGCCUCUCCAGAGAAGUCGCCAGGCGCCAAGAAGAAGAGCGAGAGGAAGUGUGCCAUCAAGGAGGAGCACAGACAGCUGUCCGGUAUCAUGGGAGUCAUGAACAACCUAAGGAAACAGGGUACCCUCUGCGAUGUGACCCUGAUGGUUCAGGGGAAACACUUUCAUGCCCACAGGGUAGUGUUGGCAGCUGCCAGCCACUUCUUCAGUCUCAUGUUUACCACCAGAAUGAUGGAGUCGACCUCCCACGAGGUGGAGCUCAGGAGUGCUGAGCCAGAGAUCAUUGAACUUUUGAUUGAAUUUAUCUACACAGCUCGGAUCUCUGUGAACAGCAGUAACGUCCAGUCAUUGCUGGAUGCAGCCAACCAGUACCAGAUUGAGCCUGUGAAGAAGAUGUGUGUGGAGUUCCUCAAAGGACAAAUUGAUGCAACAAACUGCCUUGGUAUUUCCUCCUUGGCAGACUGUAUGGACUGUCCUGACCUGAAGGCUGCAGCAGACGACUUCUUUGAGCUCCACUUUACUGAAGUCUACAAACUGGAUGAGUUUCUGCAAUUGGACGUUAAACAGCUCACACACUUACUGCACCAGGACAAGCUCACUAUCCGAGCUGAGGCCCAGAUAUAUGACGCAGCAGUACGAUGGCUGAAGUACGAUGUGUGUAACAGACAGCAGUACAUGGUGGAAGUGUUGGGGUGUGUUCGCUUUCCUCUGGUCUCCAAAACCUUCCUCUCAAAGACGGUGCAGGCUGAGCCCCUCAUCCAGGACAACCCACAGUGUCUCAAGAUGGUCAUCAGUGGGAUGCGCUACCACCUGCUGUCCCUGGAGGACCGGGAGGAUCUGGGAGAGAGCAGCCGACCGAGACGCAAGAAGCACGACUACCGAAUCGCUCUGUUCGGGGGCUCCCAGCCUCAAUCCUGCCGCUACUUCAACCCCAAGGAUUCCUCAUGGACAGACAUCCGCUGCCCCUUCGAGAAGCGGCGCGAUGCCACAGCUAUUUUCUGGGACAACGUGGUCUACAUCCUGGGGGGCUCACAGCUCUUCCCCAUCAAGCGCAUGGACUGCUACAACGUCCUAAAGGACAGCUGGUACUCCAAGCUGGGGCCGCCCACGCCUCGUGACAGCCUGGCUGCCUGUGCCUCACAGGGCAAGAUCUACACGUCUGGGGGGUCAGAAGUGGGCAGCUCUGCCCUGGACCUUUUCGAAUGCUACGACACAAGAACCGAGUCAUGGCAGGUGAAAACCAGCAUGCUGUUGGCUCGCUGCAGCCACGGCUCAGUGGAGGCCAACGGGCUCAUAUACGUUUGUGGAGGCACGGUGGGCAACAACAUAUCUGGCAGGGUCCUCAAUAACUGUGAGGUUUACGACCCCAGCACUCAAAAAUGGAGGGAGCUGUGCGAGAUGAGAGAGGUCAGGAAGAACCAUGGGCUGGUGGCGGUCAACGGCAGGAUCUAUGCUGUUGGAGGGCAGGGGGCACUGGGUGGACUUGACUCGGUGGAAUACUACGACAUAGCCACUAAUGAGUGGCGUGCCGCCUCGCCGAUGCCGUGGCGAGGUAUAACAGUGAAGUGUGCAGUGGUCGGUGACAUCAUCUAUGUGCUGGCAGGGUUUCAAGGUGUGGGGCGGCUCGGACACGUCCUGGAGUACCACACUGAAACCGACAGAUGGGUGUCUUGCAGCAAGGUGCGAGCGUUUCCCGUCACCAGUUGCCUGGUCUGUGUGGUCGACACCUGUGGAGUCAACGAAGACGAAGACAUGGACCUCAUAGACUCUCAGCCACACGCUGCAGCUGCUGCCUCUACCUCUCCGUCUGCUUCAACCUCAUCAUCCUCGUAGGACAAGAGGAAGAUUCAUUUAUAUUUUAAGUUGUGACUUUUGAUGACACUUUAUGUUAGGGAAUCAUUCUCCUGGACUCCUGGACGUCUAACCUUUUUGCCCUUUGACGUUUAUGACCAACCGACGUCUGUUAUCUCCCUUAAGGAAUGUGCUGCUUCAGCGAUAUGUUGUUGUUCCCAGUUUAUGACCGGGCAACUCUCGGUCACAAAUGGUUUAUGGUUGUG